GAUGAAGACAUCGCCCCCUAUCUUUAGGAAUUAGAACUGCAGGGUCUUGAGUGCCUGGAGUACUAAGUAUCUUCUACUGCCGAAAUCCAUAAACUGUUAAAUCUUUUGUGUUACUAUUCUGUGAUAAAGUUCAUGUAAUCCUCCCAAGGCAGUCCAGCCAUUGCGGCUAUAAAGCAAACUUCUGGACGGUUGUUACAUCAUUUGGAACAGAAGAAGAACUUCUGUGAUCCAUUUGGACUUCAUUCCACUGUUUAACGUCUAUAAUUCUGUAAUUCUGAUCAGCACUAAGUUCGACAUGGGGGAGCUCUAAGUUAAACACUCUGCACCAGGUACACGGUUUAUGGAGCUACUCAAUAAAUAAAACAAAGACGAAAAGAGUUUGUCCCCACUUGGUAAAAUACGUUUUCAAUCUUCUCUUUUUAAGAGAAAAGAUUUGGUGCUUAAAAACAAAAUCCUGUGAGUCAUGUGCUAUUCCAAUUCUCAUCUGGAAAAAUAAGACCAGGAAAUGUGUUCAAGUAAAUAUAUGUCAUCUUUUUAUGUACUUUACUAUAGAAAAUUCAUCGAGAAACCACAGGGAAAAGAUUUAAUCAAAUAAACGGACAACAUGCCCAUCUCCAGAAGACUACAAUGUCCAAGAUGCAUUGCUUCUUCCGCCGUACCUCGUACACUAAGUGCAAUAAUUGGAAUUCUUCGGCCCGGAAGAAAGUCAAGAAUCUUGGGCUUUUGCAUUAGCCAUAGGAAAACACACCCGAGGCAGUUCCACCCAUCUUCUCAGAAACCUAGAAACUAAAGAGAUGGGGAGAGGGGAAAGGAAGGGAGUGCGGAAAUGUACGCAAAUGAGCGGAAGAGCGCAUGCGCCGGAGACGUACACUUUCUCUCUUCUUUGGUGGUAGUCAGUUCGCGUAGAGCGUAGAAAACAACCAAUGAGGACUUAGUGUUUGCAACUGGCUGGUGCCCACCCGCCGCCGCCGCCUUAGCUUCAGUCGAUUCAGAAGUAGCAGUGACCUUCCACCAAGUCUUCCCCAUUUCUCGGGGGAGGGGACCGCAGCAAUCUCCGCGAUUUCAGUUAUAAGGAGUGAACAGUACAUUCAAAAAAUGGAAGCUCAUACAUCUGUUGAUAUGUUUGCAAAAGUCCUGGAGAAUCAAUUGCUUCAGACAACCAAUAUUGUGGAACAGCAGCUGGAUGCUGAGAUUCAAAAACUGGAUCAGAUGGAUGAGGAUGAAUUGGAGCGCCUCAAAGAAAAGAGACUUGAAGCACUAAAGAAAGCACAGCAGCAGAAACAAGAAUGGCUUUCAAAAGGACAUGGUGAAUACAGAGAAAUUCCUAGUGAAAGAGAGUUUUUUCAGGAGGUCAAGGAAAGUAAAAAAGUGGUUUGCCAUUUCUACAGAGAUUCCACAUUCAGAUGUAAAAUACUAGAUAAACAUUUGGCCAUAUUGGCCAAGAAACAUUUGGAGACCAAGUUCCUGAAGCUAAAUGUGGAAAAAGCACCUUUCUUGUGUGACAGACUGCAUAUCAAAGUUAUUCCCACCUUAGCUCUGGUGAAAGAUGGAAAAACGCAAGAUUAUGUAGUAGGUUUUACUGAUCUAGGCAAUACAGAUGACUUCACCACAGAAACUUUAGAAUGGAGACUCGGUUGUUCUGAUAUUAUUAAUUACAGUGGAAAUUUGAUGGAGCCACCAUUUCAAAGCCAAAAGAAAUUUGGAACCAACUUCACAAAACUGGAAAAGAAAACCAUCCGAGGAAAAAUAUAUGAUUCUGACUCUGAUGAUGACUAAAGCUCUGCCAUAAAUCUUUGUAAAUCAUCUUUUGUUUCUGCAUACUUCAAUUUUAGGAAUGUUUUCUAAAUCUUAUUAUUUUCAAUACAUUUGAACUUGCUGCUCAUUUUCUAUACAGUUUUAUACAACUGAAUCAUGGAAAACAUCUUAAAUAUUUUUGGUUUGGAGGUCAUUUUUAGAUUGAAGAAAAUAUCAGCUCUUUUGAAUUAAUAGUAGAAAGUGACUGGAUUAUCUCUUUAUUUUUAGGAUUAGAAUUUAUUUCCAAUUGAGUUUUUCUGUCAUCUCCAUUUAAAUAUGUUUAUACCAUUCACUUAUUAAUUUAAAAAAUGGCAUCACAGGGAACUAUUCUAGGACUAGCUUUUAACAGCAUUCUUUCCUUUGUAGAGCUACAUUCAUGGCAUUGACUAGGAUCACCACUUUGCAUACUUCAUUUAUAAAGGGUCUUUCACUUCCGGGAUCAGCUGCCUAAAAACUGCCUGUUUACCAAUCCUGAACACUAUGUGGUAAAGUUGAAUUUAACUGAAAACAAGUCAGCCAUUCCAGACAAUGAAAAUAUUGCCUUAUUCAAAAGAUUAGAUUUUACAAUUCCAGCUUUCUUUUGUAAUUUUUUUAAACAAAUAAAUUAAAAAGUAAUAAGUUAUUUGAUAAUCAGCAAAUUAAAAAAAGAAAAAAUUUGGCAAGAGCACACUACCAUCCAAAGAGCAGUAAAUGGGAUUCCCCUCAAGAACUGAAACCCUCAGAGAGCCUCUUUCACUCCUUUGGUCUCUGGACUAAAGUGAAGGGCAAUGCCCAGGGCAGCUCUGCAAUAAUAGUAUAGGCUUAUACAAUUCAAGAGCCACUAGGCCAUCUGGCCCCAACGCCCCCCAUUUAAUAAAUGAAAAAAACAAGUUACAUAGUAUGGAAAGAGGUAAGAUUUGAAACUAGAUCCUCUGAUUUCAAAUUCAAUGCCCUUUCCUACUGCCUCUCAAAAAACAUCUCAAAUCAGUUCUUUAACAUUUCUUAACAUCAUUAGUUGGGACUUUAUUUUACCUCAGCAAGAGAAAUAAAAUAAUCUAAAUGCUAGUGUUCAGUGUCUUGGUUUUUAACAUCUUUUUAGAGCAAUAUGUUGCUUUUCUUGUAGGAGUUUUUGGGGACCAAGUACAGUCAAUUUUGUAUGAUUGUAUUUUGAAUAGGUUGUUGACAGUUUUCAAGAAGCAACUCUAAACAAGUCCAAAUCUGCCCCUGGAACUCAGUCUGACACUUUUAAUAAACACCUGAAAUUACCCCAUCAUACCACAGAUCGCUGUCCUAUCCUGAGAGACAGAUUCUCAUUGGAGCCCACUGAUUCCAUAACCACACUUUUUUUUUUCCCUCUCCUAGUUAAUGGAAAAUAAAUUGAGCUUUAAAAAAAGGCAAAAUACUUGAAGAGUAUAGUUAUGUGUACCUGAUAAAAGGCUUUUGGUGAUUUCCCAAAAGUCAGCUUAUUUUUAUGAAAUAAAAGGGAAAAAGUGAUACAGAAAUAUGUAGGGCAGUGAAUAUAAAAUGUUGACACAUCCAGCUUUGUGUCAGAUUUCUCUUAAAACCCAACUAUCAUUGCCUUAACAAUAUUUUAAACUAUAUUGUUUUCCCUUGUAUACAUAUUCAAUUGCUUUUCAAGUUCUGUUGUAGAAUUAUGCAACUGUUCUGUCAUUGAAUUAUAGCUAUGUCUCAAUCUUGUUCUACUCUUUGGUUUUAUUUCAGACAAAAUCCAUUUAGGAAUGCCUUACUCUGCAUUUUAUUAGCUCUGAGUGAGUUUUAUAAUGUAUUAUACUAUUAUAUUUCAAUUGCCUUUUUUCUUUAAAAAAAAAAAUUUCUUUUUUGCUAGAAAUGUUUUUGGAUAUCCACAAAGUGAAUACUCUAUAACAUACAUCCACAAACACACAAAAAUGGUGCCAAGUGGAGUGUUGUGAUUUUUAAAGCUCCUAAAACUGCUCAGUCCCAAACUGCCAAAGUUAUGCUUUUUUCCUUUUUUAAGUCCAGGAGCUUGUUCCCUUUCUAUUAUGGUCACCACACAUUCUCCCACCUGAAUUCUUGUCCACCAAAAUAUUCUAGCAGAAGAGGUGCAGAUCUCUUAAUUUUUUUUCCCCACUGCUGUUUUUGAAAUAAGCACAUGACCCUAGUCAGACUUUCUAAAAAUUGUUUACUGCUGAUAAUUAUUUUUUAUCUAAACCUCUGAUUUCUUCCUACUGUAAACUCCCUUAACUGAAGAAAUGAUAUAUCUGUAAAGCACUUAGCACAGUGCCUGGCACAUAAUAGGCGCUUAAUAAAUGCUUUUCCCUUCUCCCCCCUUCUGUGAUGGAUAGUAGUGACAGGUCUGUAGUUUAUAGUCUUCAUCAGAAGAGACUUCGUGACUAUAGCUAGUAUGUGUUAACAGUGUGAUUAAGGCUGACCCCGUAGCCUUUAUGUCAUUCUGUCUCCCAUGAAGUUUUAUUAUGUUUCCAAUAUCUUUUUGGAAUGCUGCAUGUCCAGAUAGUUUUAAUGUGAGUCAUUGGAAGAGUAGUUAGAUGCAUAGCUGAGCCUUCAGAAAUAAAUUUCAUGUACCUUAAGCCAUACUUGUAUACUUGUCAGCAUUAGGUGGAGACUAGGGAGAUGUGGAUAACCUCAAUUAAAAUGGAAAUUUUUAGAUGGUACAGAAGAAUCGAUUAAAGGUCAAAUAUCAUUCUAUUGGGUUACAAAUGAAAAUACAGAUAUUUGAAAGGGAUUAGGACGGAGCAACAGUAAAUAAAUGCCUAUUUGAGAUCUUAAUGUGCAUAAAAAGUGACUAUCCAUUAUGUGUAUAUGAUCCUGAGUAUAGAAGUAGUUAGACCUUUAGACAAGCUCUUUUCUCAGUACUCAAUGCUGGCUGUUGAGCACAUGCUUCUCUUGGUUUUCCCACUUGUUAGGUCUUCUCACUCUGUUCCUGCUUUAUCUUCCCUAUCAUGCCCCUAAUUGUGCGUGAUACCCCAUCAUUCUAUCUCAGAGUCAGACUUGCACUCUGUCACUUAGAAAAGGACCUAGUCAGUUCCCAUGGCUUGUACUUAAUUGUUUGGAUGGUGUUCAUAUCUCUUUAUCUUUGGGGCUGUUGUUAACCAUAUGAGAUCCUGCACUUUACAGUUCAGCCUCACUUCCCAUCUUGCUGUACCCCAAACAUGCCAUUCAUCUGUUAUCUCAGCCACACAUUUGUGCUGACUUGUUAUCUGCUGGAAAUGCACUUGCAAAUUGAUCAAGCACUACCCUCAACAUAGUGUUUCCUCAGCUUCCACUCCCUCAGCUGUUAGUGUUCUCCCUCCAAAAAAAUUUACCUUGUAUUUAUUUUAUAUGUUACAUAUGCAGUUAUAUACAUGUUGUCUCCUCUGAUAGACUGUAAGCUCCUUGAGAGCAGGGACUUUUAUUUUUGACUUUGUAUCCCCAGUGCUUAACAUAGUGCCUGACAACAUGGUAGGUAAUUAAAUGCUUAUUGUUUGAUCAGUCCUCAGUUUCUAAAUUAAGUAAUUUAAACAGAGUUUUAUGACUAGUAGCCUCAUCCCCUGGAUCUUGUGUGCUUUGUCUUCAACUUCCACCAAGAAAGCUUUUAACUCAUUUAAAAAUUCAAGCCCUGUUGAAAAAUAUCACUUUUAAAAUAGCCUUUUAGUCAGCUCAUUUGCAGAGGAGAUGUUGGGCUAUCUUGAGCCCAAAAAGUGAUGUUCUUUUUCUUGGUCCAGAAAACCACUUUCUUAAGGUUUUCUUUAAUGACUUUCUACCUUCCACUUCUAAUCCUACAUGAAUUUUUUAGAAUUUUUCAGAAGAAAAAAAUGCUUUACACAAUAAAGAUAUGUUUAUGUCAAUAUGGUAACAAUAAACAAUUUCUACCAGAAUUCUUUAUAAUUCUCAUAAAAUCGUAUCCCUGUUUGAAAGUCUGUUUCCCUGGGAGCAUUUUCAAAGGUGUAGUAAAAAUAGGAAAAAUUCUGCACUGGGGACAGGAGAGAUGGUUGGGGGAGAUGAUCUCUAGAAUCUUUUCCAACUUUAAACUUCUGACUACCUUGUCCUGUUCUGAAUUCCAUUUCCAACUUGAACGCUAACAAGAUUGUAACUUUGAUCAAGUUCCAUUAUAAUCAAGUUCCCUCAUUUGUAAAAACAGACACACACACACACACAAAAGCAAGGGAUUGAGCAAAUUGACUUCCAAAAAGUGAAUAUAAAAUUCUGUGAUUUUAUAUACAAUAAAAUCAGUUUUUAAUAA